UCCACAAUACUUGCCUGAUUUCAGCUAAGUAGCACUAUUGUUUGUCCAAAGAAAACAAAGAUGGCUUAUUUCAUUAUCAUUUGCAAACACAAUAUGCCAUGUCUAAUCUUUUGCUUGUUCUUGUAUCUAUCUUUGUGCAUCAUCUCCACUGCGACCCUCGACAUCGGAUACUACCAAUCAACAUGCCCUUCGGCCGAGGCGAUUGUUAGAAGAGCAGUGAACAGGGCCAUAACACAAGAUCCUGGUUUAGGUGCAGGUCUAAUUAGAAUGCAUUUCCAUGAUUGCUUUGUCAGGGGUUGUGAUGCAUCUAUAUUACUUGAUUCGACGCUAAGCAAUCCUUCAUCAGAAAAGGAAAGCCCAGCAAACGGUCCAAGCCUAAGAGGAUUUGAGGUGAUCGACGAGGCGAAAGCAGAACUCGAGAUAAUCUGUCCAAGAACCGUCUCAUGUGCGGACAUCCUAGCAUUUGCUGCCCGAGAUUCAGUCCAAGAACUCGGGGGCAUCAGCUACAACGUCCCUUCAGGCAGGAAAGACGGCACAAUUUCCAUCAAAGACGAAGCAACAACAAACAUCCCUUCACCAAACUCAACUGUUGAACAACUACAACAAAUGUUUUCUAACAAAGGCUUAAAUUUACAAGACAUAGUAGCACUUUCUGGUGCACAUUCAAUAGGUAUGACAAGAUGUUCACUAUUUUCGCAUAGACUUCACACUUUCAAUGCUACUCAUUUACAAGACCCUUCCAUGGAAGUAAAAUUUGCUAGUGAAAUGAAGGAUAAGUGCCCUUCGUUGGCGGCGUCUGAGCAAGUUAAGGUGCCGCUUGAUGGUCUUACGCCGAGUAGGUUGGACAAUAAGUACUAUAGAAACUUAGUGAAGGGGCGAGGUUUGUUGGCGUCUGAUCAAGCUUUAAUGGAUAGUCCUUUGACAUCAAAGAUGGUGAAGAGGUUUGCUAAGUAUGGGAGAGUUUGGAUGCCUACGUUUGUUGAUGCUAUGACUCGUAUGGGUUCAAUUGAGGUCUUAACUAGUUCACAAGGUGAAGUUAGAAGACAUUGUAGAAUUGUGAAUCUGUAGUGCUGAAUGUAUCUUAUCCUUCACAUGCCAUGCAUAUGUUUAUGGUACUUUUGUGGAGAAAUUAGUCACAAAAGUAACUAUUAUGUAGUUUGAUGCCCUAUGAUUUCUCAUAAAUGAUAUUGUUAUU